AUGAUGACUUCUAACACUGUGUACUUUAGUAGAUUCAUAGUUACCAGUCAGGUUUUUUACAAGAGUAGAUAUACUUAUGCCUUAGUGAAUUUAAAGCCAUUAGUACCAGGCCACGUCCUUAUAGUUCCCUUAAGAACUCAAGUGGGCCAGUUAAGUGAUUUGAAUAAAGAGGAAACUAUAGAUUAUUUUGAUACUUUGCAAGUAGUUCACCAAUUCAUCAAAUGGCAAUAUGAAGCCGAUUCCCUAAAUAUUGCCAUUCAAGAUGGUCCUGAAGCAGGUCAAACAGUUCCGCAUUUGCACACGCACGUAAUACCCAGAUACAGAGCUAAUAAUAAAGGUGAUCGUAUUUAUGAAGACUUAGACCAAUGGAGGUUUCAACAGUGGGAGCAAAGACGCCAAGAAUACCUGGAUAUGGGAGGUAGGGAAGGCCGUAAGAAUUUUGCCAAACCUGACGAUCAAAGAUUUGCAAGAAGUGAACAAGAAAUGAAAGAAGAGGCCCAGCACUUGAGAUCACAGUUGUUGAAAUUCUUUGAAGAGUAUCCACAUUUGAAAAGGGACCUUUCUGAAAUAUAG